AUGGAUUGGCUGGCUGUCACCUGCUGCACCGCGGCUAUGAUCCUUCUGUUCCUGCCGUUGUGCGCGUCACAAGACCGGCUUGUCCCCGGCAAGCCGCUCUCCCCCGGCUCCACCAUUGUCUCCGACGACGGUUCCUUCGCGUUGGGCUUCUUCAACCCCUCCAACUCCACCGGUACACCGGCAAGGCUGUACCUAGGCAUAUGGUACAACAACAUCCCCGAGCUUACCGUGGUGUGGGUCGCCAACCGGGAAACUCCGACCACGAACAUCACCACACCGGUGCUCUCCCUCACCAACAGCUCCAAUCUGGUUCUGUCGGACGGUGAUGGUGGUCCUGUCCUUUGGACAACAACAGGCGUGCCUGCUGCAACGAGCUCUACCCCAACGGCGGCCGUGCUUGAGAACACUGGCAACCUCGUCAUCCGGGCACCGAACGGCACCAUGCUAUGGCAGAGCUUCGACAACUUGACUGACACCUUCCUUCCCGGCAUGAAGAUCCGGAUCAGGCAUGACAAGCGCACCAACGGUGAUCGCCUCGUGUCAUGGAAUAGCCCGGUCGACCCCUCGCCGGGGCGCUUCUCAUAUGGCGGCGACCCAAACACGCUCGUCCAGAUAUUCCUUUGGGAUGGGGCACGCCCGGUGGCUCGCACCGCUACGUGGACUGGGUACAUGGUGAAGAAUGAUCGCAAGUACCAGCAGGAUAGCACCGGUGCGACCAUCACAGUCUCCCUGGCCGUCGUCAACAACGACGAGGAGAUCUACGUCACCUACAACGUCUCCACGGACGCCCCCCUCACAAGGUACGUGGUGACAUACUCCGGCGACUACCAGCUCCAGAGCUGGAGCAAUAUCUCAAAGGUCUGGUUAGUCCUGACGAAGUGGCCAUCCACGGAAUGCAACCGGUACGGCUACUGUGGUCCAUACGGCUACUGUGAUGUGGCGGUGCCGACGUGCAAGUGCCUCGACGGCUUUGAGCCGGCGAGCACGGAGGAGUGGAACAGUGGUAGGUUCUCAGCGGGGUGCCGCCGGAAGGAGCCGCUGCGUGGGUGCGGCGAUGGCUUCUUGGCCUUGCAGGGUAUGAAGACGCCGGACGGGUUUGCGCUCGUCGGCGAGAACAAGAGUACUACAUCGGAGGAGUGUGCGUCAGAGUGCGGCCGCAACUGCUCCUGCGUGGCGUACGCGUAUGCCAACCUGGGUGGCGACAAGUCUGGGGGAGACGUGACAAGGUGCUUGGUGUGGACCGGGGAGUUGAUUGAUACGGCAAAGGUAGGCGCAGAUACCGGCAGCGACACACUCUAUCUCCGGCUUGCAGGCUUGGAUGCGGCAGCUGGUAACACAACAAAGAUCAACAUAGUGAAGAUUGCUCUGCUAAUUCUAGGAGGUGGUGUUCUAGUACUCAUAUGCAUUUCACUGGCAUGGUUAAAAUUCAAAGGCAAGGAUAGAAAAUGGAGACUGGAUAGGAAGAUAAGAGUGGAUCGUGUGAGCACUAUCAAUGAGUCUGGGGAAGAAAGCCUUCCCUAUGACCAUGAAUUUCCAUUUGUGAGAUUUGAGGAAAUUGCUCUUGCAACCCAAAAUUUCUCGGAAACAUGCAUGAUUGGACAGGGUGGCUUUGGUAAAGUUUACAAGGGAAAGUUAGCUGGUCAAGAAGUUGCAAUCAAGAGGCUAAGUAGAGAUUCUCAGCAAGGAACAAAAGAGUUCAUGAAUGAAGUAAUUCUAAUUGCCAAAUUACAACAUAGAAACUUGGUUCGACUUCUUGGAUGCUGUGGCGAGAGAGAUGAAAAGCUCCUAAUAUAUGAGUAUCUGCCUAACAAGAGCUUAGAUGCUACCCUUUUUGAUGAUUCAAGAAGAGUAUUGUUGGAUUGGACCACACGGAUUAGUAUAAUAAAAGGGGUUGCAAGGGGACUUAUGUAUCUUCAUGAAGACUCAAGGUUGACCAUAAUUCAUAGGGAUCUCAAAGCUGGAAAUAUUCUGCUAGAUGGAAAUAUGAAAGCCAAGAUAGCAGAUUUUGGCAUGGCAAGGAUCUUUGGUGAUAACCAACAAAACGCAAAUACCCAACGUGUUGUUGGAACAUAUGGUUACAUGGCCCCUGAGUAUGCAAUGGAAGGUGUCUUCUCUACCAAGUCCGACGUGUACAGCUUUGGUGUGCUACUACUAGAGAUCGUAACUGGUAUACGGAGAAGCUCCAGCAGUGAGACCAAGGGUUUUCUUAGCCUAAUUGUUUAUUCAUGGAGUAUGUGGAAGGAAGGGAAAGCCGAGGAAUUGGUAGACUCAUAUAUAAUGGAUACUUGUUCACCAGAAGAAGUCUUGCUUUGCAUACAUGUGGGACUCCUAUGUGUCCAAGAAAACCCUGAUGAUAGGCCACUGAUGUCUGCUGUUGUGUUCGUUCUAGAAAACGGAAGCACCACACUUGCAGCCCCCAGUCGCCCUGCCUAUUUUUCUCGACAUAAUAUAGAGAUGGAGAUAGUUAGAGAUGAUAUUCAAAACUCUGUCAACAAUAUUACCCUUACGGAGAUACAAGGGCGAUAA